CCUUUUUCUGCCCACUUUUCAGAUGAGGAAACUGAGUCCCAGAGAAGCGCCUCCUAGGUCCGACUUCCAGACCGCUGCCCUUUCUACUAAGCCGUGAUGACUCCGCCUAAUCCGCAAGCGCUAGCGUAUUAUCCAGCCUUAACCUAAGUCGUGCUCGGGGCUUCUGAAAACGGCCUAGGGGAAGCGAGCGCCUGUCUAGGAGCUGGAGGACCCGGGUUCGAGCGUGAGCCUGCCGUGUGACGUUGGGAGCGAUGCCACCCAAAAGGUUGGAGAAACACAAGCUUCCCAUCCCCCUCCCGGAAGCCCUGAUUCUCAAAGACACCGAAGGCAAGAGCUGGAGGCUCGGCAGGAUGAUCGGUUCCGGAGGAUUCGGGCUGAUCUAUUUAGCUUCCCCACGAGUAAGCGAGCCCGUCCGAGACAAAGAUGCACUUCACGUAAUUAAAGUGGAAUACCAAGAGAAUGGGCCGUUAUUUGCCGAACUGAAAUUCUACCAGAGAGCUGCGAAACGAGACUGUAUCAAAAGAUGGAUGGCACUCAAGCAGCUCGAUUUCUUAGGGAUUCCGCUCUUCUGGGGAUCUGGGUUGGCUGCGUACAAUGGAAAAAGUUACAGGUUCAUGGUCAUGGAAAGACUAGGAACGGAUCUUCAGAAGUUCGUAGACCGGGAUGGCCGGUUUGGAAAGGAGACCGUCCUUCAGCUGGGCAUCCGGAUGUUGGAUGCACUGGAAUAUAUUCAUGAAAAUGAAUACGUUCACGGUGAUAUCAAGGCAGCGAAUCUACUUCUGGGCUACAGAAACCCCCAGCAGGUUUAUCUUGCAGAUUAUGGACUCUCCUACAGAUAUUGUCCCAAUGGGAACCACAAACGGUAUCAGGAAAAUCCGAGAAAGAGCCAUAACGGGACCAUAGAAUUUACUAGCUUAGAUGCCCACAAGGGAGUAGCCCUGUCCAGACGAGGUGACCUUGAAAUCCUCGGCUACUGCAUGCUCCGGUGGUUCUGCGGGAAGCUGCCUUGGGACUCGAACCUGCGGGACCCCGUGGCCGUCCAGACCGCUAAAACCAACCUCAUGGACGAGCUCCCCGAUUCGGUGAUGAAGUGCGCGCCUCCCGGAAGCGGCUGCAGUGAAAUAGCGCAGUUCCUGGCACGUGCCCACGGCCUAGCUUACGAGGAAAAGCCAGAGUAUCGAGUACUGAAGAAUAUCCUGCUGGGCGGAUUGAAGUCGAGUGGUGUUCUCCCCGACGGGCCCGUGAGAUUUUCCGGUUGCGGAUACCCCCGAGAGGUCGGUUGUCCACACGGUGACUCUCCAACACCCGCGGAAAGGCGGCCCGGCCCGGCGCCGGGCCAGGGGAAGGACGGAGGAGGUCCCGGCCGCGGGAGCGCCGGACCCCAGCUGGCCUGCGGCGGAAGACCAAGGGAGGAGGAGCCGGCCGGAACCGUCGACUGGGAAACACCUUGCUGGAACACGCCGCCGAGGCCCCCGGGGCCCCAAGGAGAUUAUCGGAGAGUUGCGGGGGUCUCGGCUACCAUCGACCAGACUCAUUCUCCCGACUCUGUCCCGGAGCCCAGUCAGGAUCGUACCGGUCCGAGUUCAUUUGCCAAGCCGAGGCGUUUUCGGUCCACAUCUUCCUCCGGGUGGGGGGGCGCGGCUGAUCUCGAGAGAAAGGCGACUCCCUGCAGAAGCAGCGAUUCCCGCGGUCUGCGGCCCUCUCCGUCUCAACCGGGUUUCAGCCACGAGGCCAAGGCUGAAGUCUUUCGCUAUGGCGUAGUCAUAGUUUUUCUUUUGCUUUUAAUCUUUCUCUCUCUGACUUAUCUUUGAUGUCGUUCCCAGAUGAGAUGCCGUCUGUUUAUUUUCUCCAUUUCCCCUGCUUCUCCUCGGGCAUUUUUAAAGUUCUCGUUUCAGGGUUUCCUCUCAGACAUCUUCAGUGUAAUUGGCUUGGAAGAGAGGAGAUUAAGAUAAAUUCAUGGUAUUUUACUAGAGAUCAAUUUUUUUUCCCCCGAAAUUUUAUACAGUGACUAUAUGGACAUUGAAGAAUAAAACGUCUGGGUUUUACAAGUGAA